UUCCCGCCAAUCUUUGCAACGCUUUUCACUUCCGCUUUCCGCCGUCCGUAGGCUUCCGAAUGAACCUUGUGUUGAAAAAAAAAAUCAUUUAUCUGGAGAAGAAAAAAGCCAAUUUUUCAUUCCCUUGCUGAUGCCAUGCCAUUCUAAAUGUCUAAUAUUGAAGUCAUGGCCAGCCCCCAGAAACCUGUACUAAAUGGUUUGGAUUCAGCCCCAGCAGCUAGUGGGUUUAGGCACACUUUGCCUCAAAUUGCUGUAGCCACAAGAAAUCCAAAAAUUUCUCAGACUAAGGCUCCUGUCAAGGUUGAUGUUUCUGGUGCGGAGCAUGCAACAACUGACGUUGAAGGAGUUGGAAAAGUUGUCCAUAUAGGUUCUGAAGUGAUGGAUGUGGAUGACUCCGCAGAGAAAAAACUACUAGCUGACCUGGAAGCUGAAGUUGAGGACAAAGAAAAUGACAAGUCGGAAGUCAAAGAUAAACUUGAUAGUAAAAAUGACCAAAAUGGCAAAACCAGUGUAGAAAUAAAAGAUAUAAUUAGUGAUAAAAAUGAGGAGCUUGAUAAAAAGGAAGAAUUGACCAAUAGUGAAAAUGCACAGAAUGAAAAGAUAGAAAAAGAUACAAGUAAAGAUACGAGUAAAAGUGAAGAAGAAGUAAAAAAACCAAUCACUGAACAAAGUGUUUCUGAAGGUAAAGCUUCUGGAGAGCAACUUAAAGCAGAAUCAGAGGGUAGUUCAGGUAAAAAAGAAUCAAGAGGUAAAAGAAAGUCGGCAGAGAAUAAACAAGCUCCAGAAAAGAAAUCCCAAACAAAAUCGAAAGCACAAACAUCGCCAGCUAGGGAUAGUAGCACAAAAAGACAGAAACAAAUUAAGUCACCUGCAGUUAGUGAAGGAAAUUUAUCAUCAGAUGAAUCCAGUCCUAAUAAGCGACAAAGAAAACCAAAGAAGUUUGAGGAUGAUGCUGGUGUAGAUACUAAAGCUCCUCCAAAAACUCCAAAAACCCCAGUAGAGAAAUUGACUAAACCAAAACCAGAAGUCAAUCCAGAGCUGGAGGCUAAAUACCCAGUGAAAUGGCUGGUUGGUGAUAUGGUAUGGGCAAAGGUUACAAGUCACCCAUGGUGGCCAUGCAUGGUAUCAUAUGAUCCAUUCUCAGCAUUAUAUACCAGAAUUAACCGGUGCAGAGAAUAUCAUGUACAGUUCUUUGGAGACGCAGCAGAAAGGGCCUGGAUCUCAAUGAACAAUCUAUUAGAAUUUCAGGGAAAGGACAAAUUUGAAGAAUAUACGCAAGGCUUAUAUGCAGCCUCAAAAUCAGCAAAAGAACUUAAGAAAUUAAAAGAAUGGUACGGUGUAAAACCUAAUCGUGUUAAAGCUGUUAACAUUGGAAUUGCUCAAGCAGAAACAGCUCUGCCACUUAAUCGGCAAGAAAGAAAAGCUAAAUUUACAUUUGUUUAUAAAUUACCUAAGGGAAAAUUGACAGAAUCUGUAAGCGAGAAGUUAAAAGAACUCGAUGAAGAUUUGAAAAUUAUUCAAGGUGCUGAAAAAGCCAUUGCUGAAGACAAACCGGGUAAGAAACGUAAACAUGAAGAAGUGGAAACUCCUUCAAAAACUCCAAAAAAUACCUCCUCGAAACGGAGAAAAUUAGAAACACCAAAAUCGGAAAGUAAAGUUGAAUCUCCUGUUAAAAUUGGAAAAAGAUCAUCGAGUUCCUCGCGUGUCAAGUCAGCGACAGAAGGAUCAUUUGAAGUGUUUUGUGAGAACUUGCGAGGAAGUAUGCUUUUAGAACAUCCAGAAUUUACGGAGGAUGAGUUGAUGGAUUAUUGUCGACAACAGUGGUGUAUGAUGAGUAAACAACAGAAAGCUAGAUACAAGAAAACUAAACGAGGGGAAUCUGAUCUCAGUGAUGACAUGUCACCAGGUGCUGGACGGAAACGAAGGCCGUCCCAGAAAGUUCUCGAGGCUGAAGAAGAUAACAAAGUCGUUGACGAGGUUAUUUCUGGGAAGAAACCAGCUCCUGUAAAAACCGAGGGUAAAUCAUCGAGGAGAUCACGUGCUGCAGUUGAUUCACCUGUAGUAACAUCUACCAUUCCUACAGAGCAAAAAGAAGUAAAGUCAGAGACUAAGCAGUCAGAGACCAAAAAGAAGAGGGGUCGUCCAAGUAAAGCUAACACGGAGGUUAUUGUGGCUGAAGGGGAGGCUGAGAGUACAGAAACUGUUGUGAAAACUGAGACAAAACCAGAAAAUACCACAACAGACACAGAGCCAGAUGCAAAGGCAAAUACAACAGUAAUACCGGCCAAAAGAGCAAGACCAAAGAAAUCUAUCUCCACAGACUCUGAUAAACAAGUAGGUCAAAGUGAGAGUGGACGAUCCACACCGGACCAUAUUCCAGACAUGCCCCCGCCCCCAAAACGGGAGAAGGAAGAGUAUGAAUAUGAGAUGGAGAUAUACAAACUGUCGUCUGCUGCUCCACAGAAAAAAGAGAACUUAUGUCAAAUUUGUGAGCAGACGGGCGAGUUGAUGGAAUGUCAGGGGCCAUGUCAGGGUUUCUUUCACAUGGAUUGUCUUGGUCUAACCGUGGCACCAGAGGGCGCUUUUAAGUGCGAUGAGUGUACAAAUGGUAUUCAUUCCUGUUUUGUAUGUAAAAAAUCGUCUGCAGACACGCAGCGUUGUAGUGUACCAGUCUGCGGAAAGUUUUAUCAUAUAGACUGUAUUAAGCAAUAUCCUCAGGCUAAAGUCGAGGGCAAAGGUUUAACUUGCCCUCUUCACAGUUGUCAUACCUGCCUAGCAAAUAACCUUAAAGGAUCAGCAGCUAAAUCUAAUGGUCGUUUGUUACGGUGUGUAAGAUGCCCGACAGCGUUCCAUGUCGGCGACUUUUGUAUAUCUGCGGGGAGUAUUAAUUUGACUGGAUUUAACAUAGUGUGUGCUAAACAUUUUCAACCUAUACCCUCAAUGAAGCAUCACUCACAUGUCAACGUUAGUUGGUGUUUUAGCUGUAAUAAAGGUGGCACAUUGUUAUGUUGUGAGAGUUGUCCAGCAGCGUAUCAUGCAGAAUGUCUCAAUAUAGAUUUCCCGACAGGGAGCUGGUACUGCCAGGAUUGUGUGAAAGGGAAGCGUCCCCUGUAUGGAGAAAUUAUAUGGGUCAAGCUUGGCAAUUACAGAUGGUGGCCGGGAGAGGUGUGUCAUCCACGUAAUGUACCUCUUAACAUACAGGAGAAAGCUCACCAGGUCGGGGAAUUCCCCGUACAUUUUCUAGGAUCUCAUGAAUUUUUCUGGUUACAUCAGGGAAGAGUGUUUUCAUUCCAAGAUGGUGAUAAAGGCAAUGGUGGCUCAUCAUCCAAUAAAGGUCUAGCUAAACAUUUUGCAAAAGGUUUAAAGGAGGCUGCAGAAGCAUUUAAAGUAUGGAAAGAAUUCAGGGAGAAUAAAGAGCAGCUAGAACUUGCCAAGGAGAGCAAAAAACCUGCCCCAUUUAAAAUGGUUAAGACAAAUGUGCCAUUGGGAAGUGUCGUCAUCAAGAAAGCUGAUCUCUCCGAGUUACCAAGGUGUGAUUGUAAAGCUGACCAAGAAAAUCCAUGUGGGCGUGAUUCCGAGUGCCUCAACGCCAUGAUGAUGUACGAGUGUCAUCCAGCACUGUGUCCUGCUGGUGAUAACUGUCAGAACCAGUUCUUCACAAAGCGGUUAUAUCCAUCACAGCAGCCGUACAAGACAGAGGGCCGAGGAUGGGGAUUAAAGGCCACUGUUGAUAUAAAAAAAGGUCAGUUUGUGAACGAGUAUGUUGGCGACCUGAUAGAUGAGGAAGAAUGUAAGAGACGUUUAGAAAAGGCUCAUGAGGAUGAUAUUCACAAUUUCUACAUGAUGACACUUGAUAUGGACAGGAUAAUUGAUGCGGGUCCAAAGGGUAAUCUAUCAAGGUUUAUGAACCACAGUUGCGAUCCUAACCUUGAGACACAGAAAUGGAAUGUUAACGGUGAUGUUAGAGUCGGUCUCUUUGCUCUAAAGGACAUCAAAGCAGGUGAUGAGUUGACUUUCAAUUACAACUUUGAUUGCCUUGGUAACGAACAGACCAAGUGUGGGUGUGGCUCAGAAAACUGCAGUGGCUAUCUAGGUGUCAGACCUAAAUCUCAACAUGCUGCCAUGGCUGAAUUGAAGAGAAAGGAGACGAAAAAGGGAGAUAAGCAGAAGAAAAAGAAGAAACCGGUGGUUAAAAGGAAGCAUGAUGACGAUUGUUUCCGAUGUGGCGAGGGCGGGGAAUUGGUACUGUGUGACAGAAGUAGCUGCCCUAAGAGCUAUCAUCUAAGAUGUCUUAACCUCUGCAAACCUCCACAUGGAAAAUGGGACUGUCCAUGGCACCAUUGCGAUGAAUGCGGUAAACCGGCUACCAAGAAAUGCGUCGAGUGCCCUAACUCGUUCUGUAGCACUCAUGCUGAUGAUACGAAGGUGCGAUUUUUUGACAAUAAAGUCUACUGUAUAGAGCAUGAAGAUCUCCUCGACACUCUCGAGGAAUCUCAGUCACAAACUUCUGCCGCGCAUCAGAUGACAAUGGCGAGCCUGCGGGUGAUGCGGUAUGCAACAGAAAAAGGUAACAAAUGGAAAAAGAUAACGAUGCGACAGUAAAAGGGAAGAGUAAAGACGAGACAUUGCCACCGAAGAAACGUGGACCAAAACCUCAGUCAGAAACCACAGACAAACCAACCAAUGGAACAGCAGCAAAAGUUUCGCGUUGGAAGGAAAAGUUCGGUGAAAGGGGAACCAGGAAACAAAGGGAUCCGUCUCGGACGAUCCAUUAGCUGUUGCGCCAAUGUUUGAUUGAUGAUGAGGAGGAAGAAUUCGGACUUGUUAUUGAUAUUUCCGAACUUUUGCAUGCACAAUGAUCAAGUUUCCAUUAUUUUAAGUUGUCAUGUCUCGUUUGAUUAUUUACAUUAAAAUUCAUUUAUUCAUUGGGGGGUAUUUUUAAUGUUGCUUUUUUUUCUCAUAUUUUAUUUGUUUAGAUGUUGGUAUAUUGAAUGUUUGCUACACAAUUAUUCAUUAAACUUGUAUAGAAAUUUAUUUUCUGGUUGAAAGAAUGAAUUUGUUGACAUAAA